AUGGAUGGAAAUACCAGCAGAUUUUAUGACGGCUUCCUUAAAGUCAUUUCCAACAGAACUUUCACCGGUUUUAAGUAUGGUAGUGGUAUUUCUGCCAGAAAUCGUUGUCGGAAAUCCAAUGGUAAAGGCCCUGUUUCUACUAUCUUGAAUUGGGUUCAAAAAAGGCUUAAUGGAAAGCUUGAGAAGAAGAGAUUCGAAGAGGGCGACUUCUCUUCUCUCUAUCCUCCAGAACCAGAGGCUCACAAUGAUGAAUACAUUGACUGGUCACACGGAUUGCUUGCGAUAGGUACGUUAAGAAGCUCUUUUCUGAGAGAGGAAGAACAAAUCCAUUCUCAUCCCACACAAAGCUCGCAUUCAACAAAUGACAUAUCAGACUUCACAAUUGAUGAAGUGAUGAAACUACAGAAAGAACUUACCAAACUUCUUAAAAGCAAAUCGAAAUCCUGCAAUAAUGGCUCAGAAACAAGCAAGGAGAAGGCCAAUCUUCCUCUAAUUAAGCUCUUAAACUGUCCAUCAAAUCUUCACCAGCUUGAAGAAAUAGAGGAAGGAGGAGAUAAUGGCGAUCUCUCGCCUAAUAGCAUGAUCAUUCUAAGGAAAGCUCGAGACUUGUUAGCACAAAACCGCAGCACAAUCAAGCAGAAAUCUAUCUGUUUUCUUCUGAAGAAAAUAUUUGUUUGUAAGAGUGGAUUUGCUCCAGCGACAAGCUUAAGAGAUCCCAUCAUUGUUUCCAGCAUGGAGAAGCUACUGAGAAUUAUAGUCUACAAGAAAAUAUUUCCACAGAGUUCUGCAGCAGUGGCAGUGAAGAAAUACUUGGAAAAUAAACUGAGUGAGGAGGUAGAUGGCAAGGAGAAGAGUGAAGAGAAGGAAGGAAGAAGAUUUAAAUGGGAUAAAACUGACUCAGACUUUAUUGUAUUAGAGAUUUAAAGUUCGUCUGGGGAAGUUUUUUUUAUUUUUUUUUUUUAUUUCAGAGAAUUAUCAUAUUUUGUUGAGCAACAAUUUUUUUCUUUUAUUUGUGAUGUAACUGAGUUUUUAAUA